AUGCACCAGAUAAACAUCACCAUAGAAAGAUUUCUGCGUGAAAAGUUGGCACUAAUUCCACACACGAAGCUUCUGAUCACCAAUAAUUUUUCAAGAAUUGCGAGAAGAGAAAACAUUUUCAGUGAAACACUUGAAGUGCAUUUGUCAGAUAAGGACCAGUUAACCACAUUGCUGCAGCUUCUGACCAAGCGUUUAGAAACACUGGACCUCAUUUCAGUGAUGCAGGAAUUGCAAAGGACUUUCCCUCCAGAUGAUAAAUAUUUCCGCAGGUUUGGGGUUCAAAUACGUGAAAAUUUGUCGUGCGUUCCGAGACUUCAGAAGACGGAACAUUUCUUGUAG